AUAUAAAAUCCUCCCCCUGCCCCCCAUUAACAAAAAAAUCUUCCGUUUCCGUGCCCUAGCCAAUCCCGCCCCCGUCUCUCUCUCUCUCUCUCUCUCUCUCUCUCUCUCUCUGUGUGUGUUGCAAUGGGAGUACCGGCGUUCUACCGGUGGCUGGCGGAGAAGUACCCGAUGGUGGUAGUGGACGUGAUCGAGGAAGAAGCCGUCGUGAUCGACGGGAUCAAGAUUCCGGUCGACACGAGCAAACCCAACCCUAACAACCUCGAAUUCGACAACCUGUAUCUCGACAUGAACGGCAUCAUCCACCCCUGUUUUCACCCCGAGGACCGGCCUUCUCCUACCACUUUUGACGAGGUGUUCCAGUGCAUGUUUGAUUACAUAGAUCGACUUUUUGUGAUGGUGCGACCACGAAAGUUACUGUACAUGGCUAUUGAUGGUGUUGCUCCGAGGGCAAAAAUGAAUCAGCAGCGGUCGAGACGGUUUAGAGCUGCUAAAGAUGCAGCAGAUGCAGCAGCUGAAGAAGAGCUGUUGCGCGAGGAGUUUGAGAGGGAAGGCAGAAAGCUUCCCCCAAAGGUGGAAUCACAAACUUGUGAUUCGAAUGUUAUCACACCAGGAACUCAAUUUAUGGGUGUUCUCUCAAUAGCUUUGCAGUACUACAUCCAUCUGAGACUUAACAAUGAUCCUGGAUGGAAAUCUACCAAGGUCAUACUUUCUGAUGCCAAUGUCCCCGGUGAAGGGGAACAUAAAAUUAUGUCGUAUAUUCGUCUUCAGAGAAAUCUUCCUGGUUUUGAUCCAAACACACGCCAUUGCUUGUAUGGCUUGGAUGCAGAUUUAAUCAUGUUGGCUUUGGCCACCCAUGAAAUCCAUUUCUCAAUUCUCAGGGAGGUUGUGUUCACCCCUGGACAACAAGGCAAAUGCUUCUUAUGUGGUCAAAUGGGUCAUUUGGCAGCUGAUUGUGAAGGUAAGGCAAAGAGAAAGGCUGGGGAGUUUGAUGAGAAAGGUGAUGCCGAUGUUGUGGCCAAAAAACCUUACCAGUUUCUCAACAUUUGGACUCUUAGAGAGUAUUUGGAAUACGAAAUGAGGAUUCCUAAUCUGCCUUUCGAGAUGGAUUUGGAGUGCAUUGUCGAUGACUUCAUCUUCAUGUGCUUUUUUGUUGGCAACGAUUUUUUACCACAUAUGCCCACUUUGGAGAUCCGUGAGGGUGCAAUUAAUUUGCUUAUGGCGGUAUAUAAAAAGGAAUUGAGGUCGUUGGGAGGAUAUUUGACUGACGGAAGCCAGCCAAAUAUUAGCAGGGUGGAGCAUUUCAUUCAGGCUGUGGGAUCAUACGAGGACAAAAUAUUCCAGAAAAGGGCUCGAUUGCAUCAGAGGCAAGCUGAAAGAAUCAAGCGUGAUAAGGCACAAUCAAAAAGAGGAGAUGAUGCAGAACCUCAAGUUAAACCGGAGUCUCUUGUACCAGUCACUCGUUUUCAUGGUUCUCGCCUUGCUUCAGGUCCUUCACACUCACCGUAUCAGCAGAAGGGUUCCGAGUCCAGGGCUAGAAAAGGUGCACGCUCGUCCUCUGGGGCGUCUGUUGGUGCUGCUAUUGUUGAAGCAGAGAAUAGUCUUGAGACAGAGAUUUGUGAAAACAAAGAAGAAUUGAAGACAAAGCUAAAGGAGGUACUUCGUGAGAAGUCUGAUGCUUUCAACUCUGAAAACCCUGAGGAAGACAAGGUCAAAUUGGGGGAGCCAGGUUGGAAGGAGAGGUAUUAUGAAGAGAAGUUUUCAGCACAAACUGCGGAGGAACUUGACUGCAUACGAAAAGAUGUCGUUUUGAGGUACACAGAAGGCUUGUGUUGGGUAAUGCGCUAUUACUAUGAAGGGGUUUGUUCGUGGCAGUGGUUUUAUCCUUACCAUUACGCACCAUUUGCUUCUGAUCUCAAGGAUCUGGACCAGUUGGAUAUAAGCUUUGAACUAGGUUCCCCAUUCAAGCCAUUCAAUCAGUUAUUGGGGGUCUUCCCAGCUGCAAGCUCUCAUGCACUUCCUGAGCACUAUAGGAGACUGAUGACUGAUCCAAACUCACCUCUUAUUGAUUUUUAUCCAAGUGAUUUUGAAGUGGACAUGAAUGGCAAGAGGUAUGCUUGGCAGGGUAUUGCCAAAUUGCCUUUUAUUGAUGAAGCCCGCCUUCUUGCUGAGGUCGCAAGACUUGAGCAUACUUUGACGGAGGAAGAAGUGCGAAGAAAUAGCAUUAUGUUUGACAUGCUUUUUGUGGCGCUCUCUCAUCCUUUAUCUCCCUACAUAUUCUCUCUUAAUGAUCGUUGUAAACAGUUGACAGACAAAGAACGAGCUGAAAUUAAAGAGCAACUAGAUUCAAGGGCAAGGGCUACAUGCAGUGGUGGAAUGAAUGGUUAUAUAUCGCUUUGUGCUGGAGAUCCUUGCCCCCCAAUUUUCAGGUCACCAGUUUUUGAAAUGGAAGAUAUUAUGGACAAUCAAGUCAUAUGUGCUAUAUACAUACUUCCAGAUGCUCACAAACAUAUUACUCGGCCACCAGCAGGGGUUGUAUUCCCAAAGAAGAUUGUUGCGAUAGAGGACCUCAAACCUGAGCCUACUUUGUGGCACGAGGAUUCCGGGAGGAAGCCAUGGGAAAACAGAAGGCAAGAUCCACCUGGAAACAUUUCUGGCCGGCAGCUCGGUGAUGCUGCUCAUAGACUUGUGGUUAAUAGCUUACAAGUAAGGGCAGGUCCGAAUGGUUACAGCGAUCAGAUGCAUCGCACACCCCAUCCCCCCAUUGCCACAUAUGGCCCACACUCAUCCCCCUACCAAAAUAAUAGAUACCAGGAUCAAGAACGCAACAACAUGCGUUCAUCUAAUGUUGGAAUGGUACGAAAUCACUUUGAUCAUGGUUACAGUCAACCAUAUGCUUCAGCGGCUGUUCAUGAUCCCUACAGUAGGUCCCACCAUGAGAGGGAUCAUUACGAUAGAUCAUACCCGCGCAACGAAAGUAACCACCAAUCUACUACACAAAGUAGAGAGUAUAAUCCAAAUCGUGGAUACUACCCGCCUGGAUUCCAACAAAAUGGUGGAAACAGGUAUCCUGCCCCACCUCGUCACGGGGUCCAAACUCCCAUUCCUGGUGGGGCCCAUUUUCCGCAACAGGGUGGAUAUAACAACUACCAAUCGUACAGAGCUGCCACCUAUCAUGAUCCCAGUGCUGGUUGGGCUCCACGAGCGGAGAACGGUGCGGGGAGAGGGUAUAGUCGUCCGCAACAAUUAGGUAAUCAAUUUUCAGCAUUAAGCAGGGGAGUAAGUAGACAGCCGCCACCACCGCCAGGUUAUCGUCGCUAGAGGUACUGUUUUCUGCUUCCUUGACUUAGUGCGUUAAUUUGUGUUAACUGGUGGUUUUUUUUUAGAUUGUUUGCUUUUUCUUUCACUCCAUUAGUUAGAUUUAGGCUGUCAUUUUAUUUGGUUAUAGUGAUACUCACACCAUCUGACCUUGGUUGAGCAGAGAAGAAAAUGUUGUAUUCUAUUCACAUUGUAUACUGCAUGUGGAAACACUUGCGUAAUAAGAUCCCCGUGUAAGUUAAUUCAGGAAGUAGGUGUGUUUAUUGCCAUGUUUUAAA